CUGGGCGAGUUCUUGGCCAAUCAGAUCAUCUUAGCACUUUCGCAACCGUGUAUACACUUGGAACUACGUUCCGACUGGACAACAACAAGACCACACUACGAACUGAGCUGAGUGAAAAAACAAUGGAGAACGAGGAAGAUUCAGAUUUCAAUCUGAAAAUUGAGGAAUCGAGGUUUGAAAUAGUGAAGCGGUUGAACCUAGAUCGUACUUCAUUAUUGGACUAUCUUAGGAGCAAAGGAAUUUUUGAUGCUGGUGACUGUGAUCUGGUUUUAUCGGAGAAAACUCGUGAACACAAAGCUGGCAAAUUGUUGGAUAUUUUGGAGACAAAAGGAAAUAAUGCUGUCUUGAUUUUUGUGGAUGCAUUACAAUUUCAGAAUCCUGAUUUAUUCGAGAAGAUAACUGGAAAAAAAGCUAAUCCAGGUAGCCUGUAUAACGACAUGACCCUCACUCUAGCGGAUUGUAGGUAUAUUCCUGAUGUCGAAAUCCUAAGCGGUCAGUUGAAGCAGACGAUCAGCGAUUUCCACGACCUUGCCAUGCGCUAUCACGAAGUGCUCAAAGAGAACCAAUCACUUGGCAAGCACCUUGACCAGGCCUCCACAGACCUGGAGGCGAAACACAGGCGAGUGGGGAUCCUUGAGAAGCAGAUGAUCGACACGGAGGCGGGCGUAGCGGAGGCGCACAAGAACGCCAGUCAACUUAGCGAGGCCGUUACUGUACAGCUAAGAAACCUACAGCAAAUUAUCUGCGAGAGGAAUACAUUUAUUAUCGCGUUACAAAUGAAAUUGCUGACAGCAGAAGAGGAAGCGAAGCAGAUGCGCAAAGUCCAGGAAGACCUUCGCACACAGCACAAUGAGCUGCUAAAAGAGUGGCGGGAAUUGUCCAGGAAUUAUGACCAUGAACGCCGUGAGUCGAUAAAACUCAGCGAGAAACUUAAGACCCAGAAAGGAAGCAUAGAAAAGGUUAGCGAGUUCGAGAAGCAAUGCAGGGAGCUCCAGUUUGUCAAUCAAAAGUUGAUCGCCGAGCGAGACGAGUCUGGGAACCAAUUGAACGAGCUAAAGGACUGGACCGAGGCGCUCAAAGCAAAAUUUGAUCUUGUCACUGACGAAUACAAACAGCUACAGCAAAGCUUCGUGAACGCGGCGGCAGACAAUUGCAAACUGAAGGAGAAUGUGGAGGAGUUAAAGCUUCACUUGUCGCUAAAUAAAAUUGCAACAGCGGAUCUGAAAAACUGGAAUGACGAGUUAGAGGAGGGUAUCAAAGAGUACAGGAAACAGCGGGAUUUCUUUUCUGAGUCAAGAAAAGAAGCCUUGCAAGAGCGUGACAAUGCCCAGAAGGAGCGUGACGAGGCUGUACAAAAAUACCAUGACGUCAUCCAGACGUGCGACGCCAUGGUCACGCGACAGUGCGAACACACUAAACACUUUGAGGAAAAAUACGACAAGGCGCUGAACGAGCUGAGGCCGCUGCAAAGAAAGAUCGCAGCCGCACAACUUGAGAUCGAGGAGUUGAAGAGUAAGCUGCGUGUGCAUGACGACAGAGAGAAGGCGGAGAGGAUGAGCUGCGAACACCUGAACGAAGUUAAUACCAUCAAGGAUAGAAUUGACGUCACUCAACUAUACGAGAGCGUAAGUGAGGCGUCAAGUCCACAGGGUUCCCCUACAGGAAAACUGGAGGGCUUCUCUUGGGCGGACCGUCGUGCCACGACAGCUAUAAUAGAUAGCGUUCGCAAGCGCGUGGCGGGAACACAACAAACCCAAGUCAAAGUCAUGAGCCUCGACCGCGCCCUAAUAACAAAACCUGACGACACAAACCCGGAUCUCCUUCAAGCAGGCAAAAUGGUCUUCAAAUCCGUCCCUUCCUAUGGAACGCUGCAGUGCAUGUUCGGGGGGUCCUUAGGGAGAAAUGGACUCGGAAGCCCUGCGGAAGGGACAACCACACAAGACACUGGAAACGAGCAUAGCCUCGAUUCGACGUCGACAAAUUCGAGUAGAAACUGCCACGAAGAAGGAGCGAGCCCGCGUAGUGAAGGCUCCAAAAGCAGCGGGGCUGAAAACGAUUGUAAAGUGGAAGAAGACAAGCCGGAAGUAAGUAAACCAAAAAGUAGACCUCAUCUGUAUUCAAAAAGCCUUUCCACCUCGGCGUUGCUCUUAAACGGGAACAAGGUGAAACAUGCUGUGAAUGACGAACUUCUAGAAGAAGAAUCGAGCGAUCUAUACGAUAACGAUUCCACCGAUAUCGACAACUCGUUUCACUGGGUGCGAACCGACGAGUGUGGGAACCCUUUGGUAGGCUCGCGAUCCGAGGGGGAGCUUCGGCCCGAGCAAGGCGCGCUAGGAAUGACGGAAAAUGAACUACACGCAUUCUAUAAUAACCUCAUCCACAAACCGCUGAACUUUCGUCAGAGAGCAUGGGCGAUGAAGAAAAAGUCGACUCGCCGACAGUCGGAGCCGACGAUUCGAGUGCUGCAUGACAAUGGAACAAACCUGGCGAAGACAAGCUGAGAUACAGCUCCCGACGAAAGAAGGCGCGCGCGUCUUUUAAACAUUGUUAUGUUCUCGUGUGUUGAAAAGUCAGAUUGGUUGAUUGAAAGCCAGAUUGAUUCAGAUAACCAGAGUCCGAUUUAGUGAUUUUAGAAAGCCAGAGACCAGUUAGCAAAUUCAUCCGAAGUUCAAGCAAUAAUACGCCAAAAUUAUAUUUUCAUACUUUUAUAAAGUUUUAUGGUAUAGAUUUUAUAUUU